GGAUCCAAGGCAACAAUGGCGAAAUUCUCGGUAGGUGGGGAAGACCUCGGGGCGGGACCCAGCAGCGGCGGCAGACAGAAGAGGAGACGCACUGAUCUUCAGACGCCUGCCUUCCCUGGCCCCGGCCAAACUAGCGGCCUUGGGGCGGUCGGAGGCGAGGGAGCCGCUAUUAACGGCGGACGUGUAGGGGGAGGAGCAGAGUUUUCCUCCGACUCAGAGAGCGAGCAGGAAGCUGAAGAGUUGGUCAGCGAGGAGGACGAAGAGGACGAGUCGGAUGAUGAAGAAGAAGAAGAAGAAGAAGAAGCAGAAGCAGAAGGAGAAGAAUCAGGAGACGAUGAAGAAGAAGCAGAAGAACAACAUAAACGAGCAGAGGAACAGAGAGCAGUUCCUGCCUCGGAUAGAUCCGUCACUUUUACCCUAACAGACUCGGAUAUUCUUGAUUGCGCCAUUUGUUACGAGCCCCUGAGGAGCCCUGUCUUUCAGUGCGAGAAUGGCCAUGUAGCAUGCACUUCAUGCUGUGUCAAGAUGGCGAACAAGUGCCCCUCAUGCUUAAUGCCUAUCGGUUACAAUCGGUGCCGGGCCCUCGAGAAGGUCCUUGAGUCGGUCCGACUGACCUGCAAGUUCUCCACCUAUGGUUGUAAGGAAACCAUCAGCUACCACCAGAGGCAGGAGCACGAGAAGUCAUGCCCCCAUGUCCCGUGCUAUUGCCCUCUCAACUGCACCUUUAUUGGGUCCUCCAAGCAAUUAUCACGUCACUUCAGCUUCGAGCACCCGGGCUCCGGCACGAGCUUCCGCUUCAAUGCAUCCAAGUCGAUAUGUCUUAGGUUCGACACCAAGUUCCAUGUUCUACAGGAAGAGAUCGAGGACGUGCUCUUCCUCUUAACCAAUGGGAUGGAUCCACUUGGGAACAAGAUCACAAUCAGUUGCAUCGGCCCUUCUUCGAAAGGCGAUUAUCUCUACGAUCUUGUUGCCAGAUAUGAGCAGAGUUAUCUCAAGUUGCAGACCUUCACAAGGAGCAUCCAGGGACCAUUCAAAGUUCACCAGCUAUGCCCAUAUCUUAUGGUACCAAAAGGGUUCUUCAACAGUGCAGUGACGAUGAGGCUGGAGUUUUUGAUCCGCGACUAUCGCACAAGGAUCUAAAUCUGAUGAAAUUGUUGCCAAUACUUUGGUUGGUUUGGAACUGUUGCCCCUAUAUGUACCUUAUGUGUUAAUAUUAUUAUGGGUAAAUACAAGAUAGAUCAAGUUAGUAAUUGUCA